AACAAAUUUGCAUGUGUCUAAAACAACAACUCAGGAAAUAAUAAAUGAGCUUUGUAGUAUUAGCUCAGUUGUAGAAGAGUGCACACCUAAAAUAAUUGAAAGUGUACUGAUCAAGCAUAAUUGUGCAGUUAACAGUGCAGUCACUGCUGCUAUAUCCGAGAUAGUUAAAAAAGUGAACCCCCUAAGUUUCUUGUCGAAAGACGGGCCUUUUGGCUCUGAAUACAAAAGAGAAACUUUUUACAAGAAAAGUUUUAAAGUGAUUGAGCCAAUUGAAUAUGUUUUAGAUGCAUCUUCAAGGCGGAAAUUUGUUUAUAUUCCGGUUUUGAAAGUUUUGACAGAGCUGUUAAAUCGUAAUGAUGUGUUAGAUAAAGUCUUGGAGACGGGACAUAUUGAAACAGUUGAACACUUGUCUCAUUAUAAAACAUACAGAGACGGUCUAUAUUACAAAGACAAUAUUUUGCUCUCAUCAGAAGAUCUUAGCAUUGCCCUAGGACUGUAUAUAGAUGACUUUGAGGUUUGCAACCCACUAGGAACAUCAAAAAAAAAGCACAAGGUCUGUGCAGUCUAUUGGGUGAUUUCUAAUUUACCUAUACGAUACAGAUCAUCUGUACAGUCAAUCUACCUUGCAUGUCUGUGUCAUAGCAAUGAUGUGAAGAAAUAUGGGUAUGGAGCCAUUCUUGAACCACUGAUAAAAGACCUUGAACUACUUGAGCAGCAAGGAUUGUAUGUUCAGAAAUUGGGAACAACUGUAAGAGGUACUGUACUUUAUGUGUCUGCAGACAACUUAGGGGCCCACUCACUUGCUGGGCUUCAUGAGAGUUUUAAUGUUGACAAAUUUUGCCGGUUUUGUUUAGCUAGUCGGCAAGAUAUUGACAGUCACGAGGUAAAGGAGAGAGUAUUUCAGCUCCGGACGGUUGAAGCUCACAAACAGGACCUUCUGGAAUUAAACAGACAUCAGUUAGUUUCCGUGAAUGGAGUAAAGAGUGACUGUGUUCUCAAUAGACUUUCUCAUUUCCACACAAUCCAGGGCUUCCCCCCAGAUUUUAUGCACGACCUUUUUGAAGGAAUAGUGCCACGGCAAUUAAGUCUAUGCAUAAAGUCUCUGAUAUCCAAACAGUACUUUACAAUAGAAGAGCUGAAUUCCAUCAUUGAAUCUUUCCCUUUCAAGUUUACAGAUAAAACCAACAGACCUCAUCCAAUUUCAAAGUCGUUUGCAUCCAAAAAAUCUAUUGGUGGGAAUUGCCACGAAAACUGGACACUAUUGAGACUUCUGCCUCUGAUGAUCGGUCACAUUAUACCAGAAGAUGACAAAACAUGGGGAAUUCUAUUAGAUUUGAAAGAAAUAGUAGAGCUUCUAGCUAGUGGACAUUUUUCAGAAGAGACAUUGGCAUACUUGGAGUGUAAAAUCUCCGAUCACAGGUGCCUAUUAAAAGAGGUGUUUCCUGAUUUCCACCUCCUGCCCAAGCACCACUUCUUGGAACAUUAUCCCGAACUGAUUCGGAGAUUUGGUCCCCUGGUUGAUUUCUGGACCAUUAGAUUUGAAGCUAAGCACAGCUUUUUUAAAAGGGUGGUGCAUGAUUCUCAGAAUUUCAGAAACAUCUUGCUCACUCUAUCAAAAAAACACCAGCUUACUUUAGCUUACCAUCUAGACUUGCCAAGUCUUUUCAGACCUGAUCUGGAGGUUGGACACACUACAGUUGUUUCACCUGAUGCACUCGAGCACUCCAUGAGGCGGGCUGUAGAGCUGAAAUAUGGAAACCUAAGUCGUGUGUCUCUUGCAACCCAUGCCUGCCUUUAUGGCACGAAGUAUUCAGAGGGUAUGUUUCUGUCCGUGGGGCACACCAGUGGCCUGCCUGACUUUGGGAAGCUGGUUAAAAUUCUAGUUGUGUCCAGCAAAGUGUCUUUCUUCAUAGAACCAUAUCAUGCAUGAUACAUGGAGCACCUGCGGAGUUAUGAGUUGAUGAAAAAACAGUCUUCUGAACUGGUGAUUGUGGAAUUACAUGAACUAAAUGGAUAUCAACCCCUGUAUCCAUACACAAAAGCAGGCAAACUGAUCGUGACAUCAAAAGUUUUUCUUCAUUAAGGGAAGUCGUGAGAGUUCCUCAAUUGCAAGAUGCUGUUGCGUGUGAUCAUUUCAGCACAGGACAUUAGAAAGAUCCGCUUGGACUCUGUUCCAGAUUCGGUUCACAGCCUGAAACUGGUGUUGAAAAACAAACUGCAGUUACGCUCUCCAUUUGACCUUCAAUAUGAAGAUGAGGAUUUCAAAGACUUCUGUAACCUCACGUGUGUUGACGAUCUACCGAAAGACAAGGUGACAUUGCAAGUCGUUUUCUGCCCUGUCUCUUCGGACUCAAGUUUGGACACUUUAAGCUCUGCUGUACCAUCAUCUCCGGCAGCAUCCUCUUCAGCUCAUUCAUCAUCUCCGACGACGUCCUCUUCAUUGAGCAGCCAAACGGAGGGCUUUGCGGGUCAGCGUUCACAGCACUGGCCAACUCAUUUUCCCAUUCCCACCUUCUCAUAUGAUGUUGAGCUGAGGCUCAGGCAGGGCAAUGGUGCUUUUAAAGAAAGUGGAGCACUUCUAUCCAUUUCAAGGGACAUGAAGUCUGAGAUUCUGCUCAAACUUGCUGAAACAAUAUAUUCAUUCAUGACCUACCCUACACUUGAACAUUAUGGAUGUGUAGCCAAGGCACUUGUUGAAAAACACCCUUGCCUUACAGAACCUGGCUCCACAUCUGGAUGGUAUGGAUGGAAACACAGCAUAACGUUUAAGAUGGGCAAUUACAGACAGAAAUUAAAAGCUGUGGGCUGCCGAGAACUGGAGGUUAAUUCUGAGAAAAGAGGUGCUGGGGACACGCGAGGGAAGAGAAACAAAGUCAAGAAACCUAGACGGUCUGAAACAAAUUUUCUUCCACAGCUCCCCCAGGGAAGAGACAGCAGAAGUCUUGAAGAAGAUAGAGAAAAGAUGGUCCAGGAGAUGAGAAAAACAACCCCAAACCUAGCCUACAUCGAUAAUGCAAUGAAUGCCACAUAUGCACUGAGAAGACAGGAGAUCGUUGAAGAGGAGCCACCUGUGGCCGAAAUGAGAGUCAGAUGGCCUGCCCUUUUUACUGAAAGACAGAUCGUCAAGGAAUUCACCAGGCUCAUGUCAAUGGACAUCAAUAAGUUCUAUGAGGGUCUUGACAGCCAUCUGCAUAAACUUCUUCAGUUAUUCCGGUUGAAGCGCUUUGAGGAAGUUCAAGAAAUGACAUCCUUAAUGGAGAGUCUCGACAAGGAUGCAUCAAACCAAAGGAAGAGAGCAGCAGCUUUGCAGGGACUGCCAUGGUACAUGAAGGAAAAUCCUUCUACAUUGAUGAAGAGAUGUGAGCCAACAGAUCCUGGGGAGGACGUCAUCAAGGGAAUGGUGAUUGGAAUCCUCUUGGUCGUUGAAGAUGUGAAGGAGCCCCUUCCAGUUUCCUACAACGAUGUUGCCAUCGUCAUCGAGGAAAAGAUUGUCAUGCGUCAUCUCGGUGAUGUACCCAACGCUUUUGUGAACCUGAUGGGCCUGCUGUACAUGCUGAACCUUGACUAUCCAAAAGACAUUAAAUAUACUUUUGAGGUGAUUCAGCGCCUGUUCAUGGGAAUCGAGUCUGAGAUCUGCACUCCCAGAGUCCACUCUCUAAAGAAUAAACUGCUACGCUAGAGGGAUGGCUCAGGAGGAUGUUUCUGCAUUUGGCCCUGAGGAAGUGGGUUUUUUUGCCAUUUGUUCACUAUGUAGUAAGAGGAAAAGAAAUGUAAAGUCCUUCUGUGGGUCACAAGUUUUUUAUGUUUUCAUGUUCUAACCGAUCUCUAUUGCUCUGUGGAGGAAAUGUCUCUUGCAGACACUAAUGCAGACGUUAAUGUUGUAGACCAAACAUGAACAGAGUGGAGAUUUCAGUAAUGUUUGAACGUGUUCAUUUUCUGGCUGACACUUGAGCAAGUUUCUCAGAGAGAGAUUCCUAUUUUGUAUGUAUAUCUUGCUGCAUUUUACUGAACAUUCCCUUAGAAUGGAUGUAGAUGUUGAUAAAGUCAUUUAGAGAGUUGGGUUUUUUUCCCCUCAAAGAAAGGAUGCUCUUUAUUUUAAUUUUGUUCUUACAAGUGGGACACAGUGUAACUUCAGUUUUUGACCAGCCCUGAAAGAGUUCGUUUUUUACACCGUUUAGUAAGCGAUGAAAUCGAUUGCCCUUCUGUGGGUCACCCCACCUUGUUUUCAUGUACUGACUUAUUUCAAAAGUAUUAAUCCAUGUGAUGUUACAGAGAAAUUGUCAAGAGUGGACAUUUCAGUAAUGUUUGAAUGUUUUCAUUUUCAGCAAGUUUCUGAGAUUUGUUUUGGUUUUUUAUGAAUCUUUUUGCAAUUUACUGCAGCAACUCUGAAGAUUAAAGUGAUGGUUCUGAGUAAUUUCAUCCUAGGGUCCUUUGCACCAUGACCGCGAGCCAAACACC